AUGUAUCGCGCCGUCGCUCUCGUCGUCCUGCUUCUGGCAGCCGUCGGCUCUGGCAUGGCUGAGGCUCCCUCGCAGGCGCCGAAGGCCUCGGCCCCGGCUGCAGUUGCGACCCCUUCCAAGGCUCCGGCUGCUGCGAAGACUCUCUCCCCGGCGAAUUCACCAGCUGCUUCCGCGCCAGGCGAGUCACCCGCUUCUUCCCCGUCAGCGGUGGCCGAUUCGCCUGACAUUUCCCCCUCCGCAGACUCGCCGGCGGAGGAUGCGGACGCACCAGCUGCUACCCCGGAGGGUGACUCACCGGCGUCCGCACCAGGCCCGGCAGGAGAAGCGAGCGACGAGGAGCACAGCUGGGCGAGCCCUGCUUCCGCAGCGUCCUUCGCCGGAGUUGCGGUCGCAUUCGUGGCGGCGGUUGCUUUUUAA